AUGGUUUGGUAUUUGUUCACGAUUGAUAUUCAAACUAUCUUGAUUGCUCUUGGCAUAGUCAUAUUGUUCUUCUUCAUCUUCUACCAAAUCCUCUAUGGAUUGUUCUUUUGGUACUUAGAAUUAAGCCCGGAGGAAUUACGUGAUAUCGAAGAAGCGAUCCAUCGAUCAUAUGGGGAUACUCCUAAUCACCAUAUUAUUCUCUUGGAAACUCUUAUCCAAAGAGAUAUACAAAAUUCGUUGGCCAUGGUGGACGACAAGGAAUGUGGACCGAAACUUAGAGCUUCGAAUAAGCUGCCACCAUUGGUGAGGUAUGGCAUGCACGACACAACAAAUAGUCAUUGCGACGAAUGUGCCAUUUGCAUGGAAGAUUUUGAAGAUGGACAAUAUUGUCAAGUGUUUCCUAAGUGCAAGCACAUGUAUCAUUCAAAUUGUAUAGACACUUGGUUGCAAAAGAAUCCAACAUGUCCCAUAUGUCGUAGUUGCAUUGUGUAA